CAUCCGGACGAAGAAGCAACUAGCGAAGAAGCCUCAGCAGUUACAGUUGCCAAAGCGGCGCUUUACGGCCAGCUGGCUCCACUUUUAUCAUUCACUCUCCCGUUGAUUUUUAAUUCAACAUUUUACGAUAUAUGUUUCUCUGUGCGUCGGACUGGCUUCAGAAAUGGGAUUUUCUUGAACGUAACUUGCACUGGUAGCAGUUGUUGGACCGGCGUUUUUUUUCCGGCGCCUCUUCGCAGCGGAUUUACAAAGCCUGUCCGGAGCCUGCGAUGAUUUUCAGCACCCUGGACAGCGACUAAGCAUUUCAGCACCCUGGACAGCUCACCUACUGUAGCGGCCGUGGAGAAGCUGGCACGUGGCGUAAGGAGGUGGGAAGGAUGGAUCUCCAGUCCAAUGUAAGAGCCUCCCCCCGGGGAAGCCGGUGUCGGACGCAAGGCCUCAUGGGCCGUUGACCUACUGUCUCUGUGAUUUAUGGCGGCUGGGGGCCUCUGGCCACUGCAGACUCCUCUCCUCUCUCUCCUUUAUAUCCCUUCACCCAUACCGCAGGAUUGUAAGGAGCCACACACACUGCAUCACCCUUUGCAGGAGUAUUCGAAGAGGAAUUCCUUGCACAUGCUGAGCUGCAGCACAUUAGCUUCCUACACAGUUUCAUCCAAAAAUAAACAGUCCCAUAAACAUUUCUACAGUGCAGCACCUUGUCUCGUAAUUGCAUCACAUAUCCAUUAGAUGAAGCCAGCUUAUUUGACAGUGUGUGGAUUACUAUCACUCAUGGUGCAUCAGCUGUAAAGCCCUCAACGUAGCCCAUGUUAAGGGGCAGAACCAAAUCAAUGGAAGUGCACUGAGUAACAAGUUGAUGCUCCUUUUUUCACAUGGCCUGAGAGCAAUCAGCAGUCAGAAACUCUCCGCUGACUCACACACUACUCUGCUUCUAUGUUGCAUUAACCAUCAUUAGCAGUGGACUACUAGUGCAGUGAUUUACAGCAUUGUUUUAAUCUUAGACAGAUUUGUUUGUGCGGUCAUCAAAGCUGUCAGAGUCCACAGUACCAUAAAGGCUUGGAGUGGACAGUCCCAGGUUUCCCCUUCAGGACUAUAAAUAUUUUUUUAACGCUGUAGGCAGAUAGUGAGAGUUAGCAGUUGCCCUCGCCAUGGUGUUGCCGCCCCCAGACAAACGCCACGUGUGCCUGACCACCAUUGUCAUCAUGACCAGCAUGGCCUUCAUGGACGCAUACCUGGUGGAGCAGAACCAGGGUCCAAGGAAGAUUGGUGUGUGCAUCAUAGUGCUGGUUGGGGAUGUAUGUUUCCUCAUUGUCCUACGGUAUGUGGCAGUGUGGGUGGGUGCAGAGGUGAGAACUGCCCGACGAGGGUACGCCAUGAUCCUCUGGUUUCUGUACAUCUUUGUGCUGGAGAUCAAGCUCUACUUUGUGUUCCAGAAUUGCAAAGCUGACAGGAAAAGUCUGGAGACAGUGGCCCGCAAGGCUUUGACGUUACUAUUAUCUGUAUGCGUGCCGGGUCUAUAUUUGGUUCUAGUGGCUUUGGAUAGUAUGGAGUAUGUGAGAACUUUCCGGAGGAAGGAAGACAUGAGGAGUCGUCUGUUCUGGGUGGCUCUGGACCUGUUGGACCUCCUGGAUAUCCAAGCCAACCUUUGGGAGCCCCAGCGGACGGGUCUGCCCAUCUGGGCAGAGGGCUUGAUGUUCUUCUACUGUUACAUCCUUCUGCUCAUCCUGCCCUGUGUGUCACUCAGUGAAAUCAGCAUGCAGGGGGAGCACAUGUCACCCCAGAAGAUGAUGCUAUACCCGGUUCUGAGUCUGGUCACAAUAAACGUGGUGACCAUUCUCAUACGAGGUGUAAACAUGGUACUGUUUCAGGAUAGUCGUGUUUCCACCAUCUUUGUGGGCAAAAAUGUGGUUGCCAUUGCUACGAAGGCAUCCACUUUCCUGGAGUACCGUAAGCAGGUAAAGGAGUUCCCUCACCCACAGAACGCAAUGGCGCUAGAACUACAGCAGAACUCUGUCAGCCACACACAACCGCUGCCCAAUGCCACCAGUUUGCCCCAUGAACCCUCGCCGGCACAGGAUGUCAUUGACACAUGACCGCCAGCUCUGGAGUCACCUUUCCAGACUGAAUGCUUUUAUGAAAGCUCCAGGACUGGAGAUGGAUAGAGAAAUCAGCUGCAUGACAGGAUGAUAUUCUGCUCUUGUCAAGCCCACAUGAACUGCUCUGAAACCAUAAAAGAGAUUUUCAGCAUCACCUGCCUGUCAGAACAUACUGUAAACCUACACUUGACUGAGUGCAGAGUGCAGACUUUGAAGUCAAAACAAAGGUUUUUAAUCGUGCUAUUGUGUUUUUAAUUGUUUAAAAAAAAAAAAAAAUCACACUUUAUUAAGGGACAAUCUGAAUAUUGCGCAGCCUGGUGACAUUAUGUUGUGUAAAAUGGACCCCCCCUCCUCCCUCCCCCUAUGCGUAUCUUGUAAUUUUUAAAGGUCACUUUUUUGAUGGUGCAUCUGUGGCAUUUCCUUUGAAUUUCAGCAACAAAGGACAUACCACUCAGCAUGAAGCACUUUGGCAAGGAAGAGCAGAGAGUGACGAGGUGGGUCACAUGGGUCGGUGCUGUGGUGCUGUGCUAGAGCCUGGUUGGUGGCAGACAAAUGCACUUCCUUCUGUGUUUGGUUCUGCUGAGAAAGGAGCUCUGUGGAAGCUGCUGCCUCGGUCAUUGGGACACUUUAUGACCAAAGGUCUGAUUAAAGCACCGAAGCUCAGCACUAUACCACACUGCAAGCAACCAAGCAUGUGUUUUACUGUGUGCUCGCGUGUGAAUAUGUGCACGCACACUGGUAUGUGUGAGUGUAUGUGCCCGAACGAAGGCACAACCUGCCUGAAAAUGUGUGCGUGUUUGUAACGGUUUAUGUUACAUCAGAUAGUUUCGGAAAAGAUAAUGAGUGGUUGAUUUGUAUGAUGAAAUGCAAAAAGAGAAAAUAUGUGGAGAUGUCAGAAAAGAAAAGAUGGGGGAAACAUACUUUUUAUUUCCUGUACUGUACAUUCCUC